AUGUCAGUUGAAGAAUCAGUUCCCGCCAAGCAGAGAGGAUCAAGAGCUCUCCAACAACGACUCUUUUCUCUCUUGCAGAGCUGCAAAUCUAUCAAACAGCUAACACAGAUCCACGCCCACGUUAUCACCAAUGGAUUUACCCAGAAAAAUUUCAUUCUUGUAAGAUUACUUUCUCCUUUCUUAACAUCUUACAGUCUCAAAUAUGCCGACCAUAUUUUCAGUCAAGUUCGAAGUCCAAGCACCACCCUUUGGAACCAAAUUAUUAGGGGUCAUGCCCGUAGCGAAAACCCACAGAAAUCUAUUGAACUUUUUAAUCAAAUGGAGAUAUCAACUGCUAUGCCUGAUGGGUAUACAUAUUCCUAUGUACUUAAUGGUUGUGCAAAAGGGGGUUUGUUCAGGGAAGGUCAGCAGGUUCAUGGGAAGAUUGUAAAAAAUUGGUCUUUGCUAAAUGUGUUUGUUCAGACUAAUUUGGUUAAUUUAUAUUCAACAACCGGAGGGGAAAACUGCAUUGAUAAUGCACAGAAGAUGUUUGAUGAAAUGACCGAGAAAAAUGUUGUGACUUGGAAUUCAUUGCUGUUUGGGUAUUUUAGAAAUGGGGAUGCUGAUGAGGCUCUUCGACUUUUCGAUGAGAUGCCAGAUAAGAAUGUUGUUUCCUGGACGACAGUGAUUUCAGGAUGUACGCAGAAUGGAAGAUGUCAACAUGCACUGGCAUUGUUUCACCUGAUGCAAAGGCACCCUGUGGAAUUUGAUCAGGUGACUUUAGUGGCUGUGUUAUCAGCAUGUGCUGAAUCGGGAGCUCUGGAUCUGGGGAAGUGGAUUCAUUCAGGUGUUGUUGAGUCCUCACAGUUGAGGAAUGAGCCGGUGUUGGUGUCAUUUUACAAUGCACUUAUACAUAUGUAUGCUAGUUGUGGUGAAAUAGAGGAAGCUUAUCAAGUAUUUGAAGAGAUGCCUCGAAGAAACUCCAUUUCUUGGACCAGUAUGAUCACAGGUUUUGCAAAACAAGGGUAUGCACAUGAAGCUCUUACUAUUUUCCAGCAGAUGGAAAGCUGGGGAGGAAAUGAUGUUAGGCCGGAUGAGGUAACAUUCUUAGGUGUUCUGUUUGCUUGCAGUCAUGCUGGUUAUGUCAACGAGGGAUACCGAUACUUUAGAUGUAUGAAAGAGACUUGGGAUUUUGAGCCAAGGAUUGAGCACUAUGGAUGCAUGGUUGAUAUGCUAAGUCGUGCUGGACUUUUUGAUGAAGCCACGACACUUGUUGAGACAAUGCCUAUGAAGCCAAAUGAGGCUGUUUGGGGUGCUCUUCUUGGUGGAUGCAAGAUACACAAAAAUGUGAGACUAGCUUCUAGCAUAGCUCAAAAGUUGGCUGUGGAGCUUGAACCUGAUAGAGCUGCUGGCUACUUCGUACUCUUGUCAAAUCUUUAUGCAACUGAAAAGAGGUGGCAAGAUGUUGUAAUCACGAGACAGAAAAUGUAUGGAAUGGGUCUUAAAAAGUCUCCAGGUCAAAGCAAAAUCGAAGCUGACGGUACCACUCAUAAUUUUCUAGCCAGUGACCUAAGUCACAAGCAUGCUUGUUCAGUCUAUGAGAUGCUUGGUCUGCUCACUAGUCAAGCCAAAUUGCAAGGUUACCCGCAAAAUAUUUCAGAUGGGGAAUUAAUAGUUUGA